CCCUGCCAUGGCCGCCGCCUUCUCCUCCGCAGCCUCACACCGAGGGACGAAUUAACAAUCCACUUUCAUCCGGCGUUAAUCCGCCGUCGUUUUACUCUCAGUCGCUCUCUGCGGGGCGGCGGAGACUCCUACAAAAGCACCGACGUUAAUAUCUCGGCGUUUAUUUACGUUAUUAGCUGUCGGUAGUUGGUUAAAAAAACGCGUUAAUUGUUGCGCUGUCGGAUACGGAAACGUUGGCGGCUUUGAUGCCUCCGGCAAAAUGAACGCGGCCGACGAUAAGGUGGCCCGAAAAGUUCACGUAGAGCUCUACUCGCAGCAGCGGCGGCUGCGGCACUUGCGGAGCAUCUCCGCACGGAAUCUGGUGAACCCGGCCGGGAGGGCGCUUUUGGAUUCGUACUUCACCCUGCACUUGUGGCACGACAGCCACAUCCUACCCGAAUUUUACACAAGCGAGGUCAUACGCGAUUCUCUGAACCCAACAUGGUGCAGCCUGGACUUUGGGCUGAUGCCAGACAACCUGGACACGUCAGUGUCGCGGCUGGUGGUGCGCGUGUACGGCGGCAGAGGGGACCGCUUCUCAGCGCUCAUCGAGUGGGACGUGCAUCUCGACGGCCUUCGAUACGUGGGCCCCCAGAUACGGGCAGAUGCGCCGAAUUCCAUUGUGUUCGGAAUGACCGACGGUUAUUACGGAACUCUGAGUAAUCGCAAGAAGCUGGCAGACAGGACCCAGGGUAGCCUGCAGGUGGAUGAGAAUAUCGUGCGGACUUCCUACAGCGUGUUCUCCCUAAUCAGGUUGCACACAGCUCAGCGCGCCAUCAAGCAGACCCAGGCAACCGUCAAGAGAGUUCACAGAGACAUUGAGGAGCGACUGCGCUCCAAGGCCAGCCACAUACUCAUGCUGAAAGACCGCGAGCAACUGCAGAUCGGGAUCUCCAUGCUGCACUCGGAGCUGAAGCGACAGCGCCAGGCCUUGGAGAAGCAGACAGAUUUGCUGCUGCACACGCAGAUGGAACUCACGCACCGAGCGGAAGAACUGGAGAAGAAAAGGGAAUGUCUGAAGCAAGAGUGGGAGACUGUGCAGAAAAAAAGACGAAAGCAAGAAGACAAGAGGUCCAUGCUGCAGAAAACCAACGCGCAGCUCAACGUGCGCAGACGGCAGAUAUUUUCCGAGCUCGCUUUCAUCUACCCCAUCGCUGCGAAUGACAAUGAAGAGCACUUCAUCUGCCACAUCAAGUUGCCCAACUCCGACAACUUCCAAGCCAAGGACGAGGCGAGCGUGUCUGGCGCGCUGGGCUUCACGGCGCACCUCGUGUGCAUGGUCACGCUCUUCCUGCACGUGCCGCUGCGAUACCCCGUGCUGCACCGCGGCUCCAAGUCGCGCAUCCGUGACGACAUCACCGACAAGCUCACCGACAAGGACCGCGAGUUUCCUUUGUAUGCCAAAGGAAACGAGCGCUUCCAUUUCGACUACGGGGUCUACCUGCUGAAUAAAAACAUCGCUCAGCUGCGUUACUACUGUAGCCUCAGCACCCCCGACUUGAGGCGGACCCUCUACAACCUGCGGGAUCUGCUCGAGAGCAAGCUCGGGGUGCCCGCGAGCCGGCUGCGGCCCUCGGUGCCCCAGGGCUCCUCGGUGGCCUCCCCGGAAUCCGGCGGCGGAGCCCGGCAGCACGUCCUGUCCAUCAGCGCUCCCCUCGGUGUCAACGGUGAGAAGGAAGGAGGGACUUCGGGCUCCGCCGCCACCACCGCCACCGCUGCCACUCCAAAGAAGUCUGACCGAGGCAUGGUGGAGUGGAUCAAGACUUUGACGGAAGCCGACAAACCCUCGGCUGACCGACCAACGGGCGCCCUCAACGGAGGCUCCGCCGAUGCACACGCUGCACCCGCCACGCGGUUACACCCAGCGGAUGAGGCUGACACACCACCACCAGCAGUGACGGCAGCGGUGACGACAGCGGCCUCAACAGUGGCCCCGUCAGCAUCGGACACAGCAGCAGGGCCCGCAACGCCAGCAGCAGCAGCAGCAGCAGCGGCGACAGGAAGCAGCGGAAACGUUUCGUCGUCGACGGCUCGACUCGGCAGCCCGGAUACGGAAAGCGCGCGGGACAAGACGUUCCCGAAACCGCGGCUUUACUACCACCACCCGGCGUCGCAGCGGGUGCAGGAGUUUGUGGCGACGGGCCAGGCAGAGGGAGCGUGGGCCGUCGGGCCGCACGGCGGCGGCGGCGCGGAGGAGGUGGAGGCGGCGGUGGAGGCGGACAGCGACGAGACGGUGCUUGGCGCGCUGGACGCCGAGGAGCUGGCGCUCGUGCACUCGGAGCUCGACGAGUUCACGCGGCGCGUGCACGCGCUCAGCGUGAACGCGGCGCCGUUCCGCCGGCACCGCGGAAGCGAGGCCGCCGAGCCUUGAGCCGCGUCUCGACCGCACGCGGCGGCGAGAGGCGCCGCUGGUGGCGGUGGUCGUAGCCGAGGGGCGGUCCGGUGGAGUUGGUGGCGCCCCACCGCACCGUCGCUUUGUCGUUUCUUCUUGCGCCGUCGACGAGCAUUCUUUCACGUCUGCUCUUGCAAGGCUCGUCAAUGCCGUGAUUUUUUGUUUUUACGUCUUCUUCUUCUUUGUACACGGUUGAUUACGUCCCGCAGUCACCUCGUCCACCAUCAGCGAUUCGUAAUUGGUUCGGCCGCGGCAACGAUCUGACCAAAUUUGUGUCGUCAAGACCCUCUGCCACCCGACUGCAGCCCAACAGGAUUAAUUGUCACGUGAACGGGUUGCUUAGCGCGCCAAUUGUUGUUGUUUUGGCUCACACCGAUAAGUUGAAGCACAAAGCGAUUGUGGGAUGCAAUUCGCAUGCAUGAUGCUAUGUAAGAUUAAAUUAUCAUUAACUAGAUUCUGCGUUUUGUUUGAAACUACGCCAAACAGGACAAGAUGGGAGAAAGCUAGAAUAACUGCGUCACUUGAUGGGGUUUCUUAAAUAGGUACCUGAAUAUUGCCUUCCAAUGCGUUAAGUUAAUCACCAAAUCCAUUUUUAGACGUGACAAAGAAUUUAGAUAUUCGGUGGGUAAACAAGCGUAAUAAUAAUGAAAGUUUGAAUCAAAGAUAUUCCCCCUGUUACACAUUUUACACAAUCUGAAAGUGCCAUCACCACCAUCCAUGGUUAAACAUUUGCUCUGCUACAGUCAACGUGUCCUACAAGGACGGUUCUUACAGUCUCAUCGCCAACAUAUUCUGCCUCGAGUUCUUCCCCUUGGUCUCUGACCUCUGCCCUCCACCCUGCACACCACUCGUCCCACCUAUCACCACCUCCUCCACCCUGCACACCACUCGUCCCACCCAUCACCACCUCUUCCACCCUGCACACCACUCGUCCCACCCAUCUCCACCACCCUGCACACCACGCGUCCCACCCACCACCUCCUCCACCCUGCACACCACUCGUCCCACCCAUCACCACCUCCUGCACCCUGCACACCACUCGUCCUACCCAUCACUACCUCCUCCUCCACCCUGCACACCACUCGUCCCACCCACCACCACCUCCUGCACACCACUUGUCCCACCCAUCACAACCUCCCCCCCUCUCUUGAACACACUUUCCUACCACAUUCUAUUCCGAACCUCCCAAGUUGCUUACCCUAGCCCACCUCCUCCACCGUGCACACCACGUGUCCCACCCAUCACUACCUCCUCUCUCCAAUUACAUGCAUAAUGCAAAACUUGCCAUGCUCAAAUUCUCGACUUGUAUAAGAUGCUUAGCCUAUCUCGCCUGCCAUGAAAUUCCCAAAAUCUUCCACGUGUUUCCACAUUGAUUUAGAAAACAUUUAAGCAUGAAUACCUGUAACAUGGCCUCGCAGAGUAUACAAUUUACUGCAGGGUGUACAAAAUAAUUAAAGUGUGCAAUACGAUGCACAACUAAAAAGUUUAAGGAGCUGCAUCUUUCCCGUGGCUUAGGACGGCAGCAAGUCUGCUUUUAAUGCGAGUGCCGAGAUUUUAUUUAGCCGCACGUGAAACAGAGUGGCGUACACACGCCAGUGUGCUAUAAUUGGGGGGGAUAACUCUGAACUAAAGAAUCUACCGCUUGCGGUGUAUAUAUGCCCAGUUCCAAGUACCCGAUCAAGAAUGCUGUGCGCGGUGGUGUCCAUCGCAGAGAGAUUGUGCUACGUUUAUGAUGUACUGUUUCGGCUGGAGCCGUCCCGGGCUGAGCUCAGGAAAAUAUUCAGAAUAUUUUAUUCAGUCUUUAUUUAUCCUGGAGAAAUCCGAUGAGCUAUAAAGCUCUUUUUCACAGAUGCCCAGUUGUGGUGGGUGAGAAAGUUACAACAACAGACGAUACAAAAAAAAAACGAUUGGAGUGCAAAGUAUAGGAAAGGCAAGAAAAUAACGAAACAUAAAUCCGUAAUGCAGUUAAAGUGGAAAGUACAAUUACAAAAUAAUAUAAAUUUCUGCCGAUUUUUCAACAAUAAAUGCAAGCUUGGACAAGGCAGCACAUCAACAACAACAACAGUCCCAGGCCAGGGGGUGGGUGGCCAGCACCAUGCCCGACCGCCUUUGUCUCCCCAGUGGCGAUGUUUACACACCGCACCAGGCACUCAUUUGAGGCUGACUCGACCUAGGGGAGGCCCAGGGCACGGUUCAGGUAAUCGUCACCGGUGUUGGCCGUGAGCGGGAGUGGAACUUGGGUCGCCGGGUUCGUAGCGCAGCGCGCUAACCGCGACCCACAAAUGCUCCCCACUAAAGUCACACGCAGAGACAACAAAGACCCCCCGCAUAGCCUUAACAGACUGUAGGGGCAAGUGCUGUUAGCGAGCACCUAUGAAGGCCAGAACGGUACACGAACGAGGGGGUGGGUGACCAGCACCACGCCCGACCGCCUUUGUCUCCCCAGUGGCGAUGUUUACACACCGCACCAGGUACUCAUUUAAGGCUGAGUCGACCUAGGGGAGGCCCAGGACCGGUUCAGAUAAUCGUCACUGGUGUUAGCCGUGAGCGGGAAUCGAACCCGGGUCGCCAGGUUCAUAGCGCGCUAACCGCUACACUACCGCUCCUACGCAGAGACGCACGCAGAGACGCACACACGACGACAACAACGCCCGCCGUUCGCCACCACGGUGCGUGUGGCCAGGCCUCAGUGCACGUGCUCACACACGCGCACGUACAUCCGCCUGCGGAGUUGAGACGUACGAGUUGGACUUGGCAAACUGUGGGACAAGUUGGUUCCCUCCCCCAAGGAACUUGUGGGCAGCGCGUUCUCCAAGCUUAACUCACGAUUAAUAUUUCAAUUUUAGCAGGUAAGGCCCCCAGUGAGUUAUAGAGCUCUAUUUCGGAAGCGACCUGGCCACAAAUGAUGGCUAAACGAAGUGGCUUAUCGGGUGUAAAUGUAUAGCGGCCAAAUGCUCUAAACGCGCGUUGGUUCAAAAUGUGGAGGGGCAAACCGGAGGACCCAGAGAAUUUGCAGACUCCAAAUGUACAACAGGCAUCGUCAGGGUCGGGAUCGACCCCACGACCUCCUGUAUACCGAGCGAGGUAGUUAACAUCUCCUAGUCACCGUGCUCAAAUCCCAAACCAACGGCCGAUGUUGGGAUGAACGAGGCUGGCGCGCAGGGUUCGCUGUGAAUCGCCGUGUCAAGGAGCGGACACUUUGAGCGCGAUGUGAAUUUUUUGCACUCCUCCAAAACCAGGCGUUUGAGUUGACGUCACCGAAACAAGCCUCAUAAGCGGGGUUGUUGGUUUGUUUGUUGUUGCUGUUGUUGUUAUUGCUGUGUUCCAUUACAACUGUGUACGCACACAUCUGUUGAUGUCAGUACACUUUUAAUUUGUUUUAACCUUGUAGGUAUAUGUCGUUUUUUUGUACUUUUCCGUAGCAUGCACGCACAGAAAAUUACGAUUUUGACAGAGAAUAAUUGACGGUGGGCUUGUCCAAUACUUCUAGCUCAAGUAAGCGAAAGUCUUAGCGAUUGUAAUUUAAAAAGUAAAUAUUUUCUGUACGGCGAUCAAGAAGUAUCCGUUGAUUCGAUUUCUUAUUUUUUUUUCUUUUGGCCUCCGUCUUAACGCAGAGGGGAUCGACACUCCGGGUCUGUUGAGAAUAUUAAUCCUUGUUCAGGAUUGUGCAAAACAUCGCCGCUGUUUGCACCGGGGAACUUCUAAUACGAUUCUCAUUUGAGACGUUCACAGGUUAUGUGCAGCGAGCUCAAGUGAACGCACUCUUGUGUUGAAGAGGCCUUGAUGACAACACAAUCUGUUAGGAAAUCCAAGUUAGGUUCAUUGGUGCAUGUGAUUUCCCAACCUUCAGUGCUCUCAACCCCCACCGCGGUGCAUUGAAACACAAAUUAAGUUAUUCUGAAUUAGGUUAUUACAUGCGGCACACGCCUGAUGAUUAGUUUAACAUGUCCCCACGCCACGCGGAGGGAACUCAUUCAAAUUGAGGAAGCCUUGUGUGCGGUUUGUGCACGUGUGUACGAGGGAUGAGUUUUUAAUUUUACGAGAAAAAAGUAUAUAAGAAUUCGUAUGUAUUUUUUUGAUUUUGAAGGACUUUUUUUAUCGUGUUCAGAUUUUUGGAUGUUCGGAUCGUUGACGUUACGUACAAAUGUGAAAGGUCUUCGCGAUAACAAUCUGAGAUAACAAUCGAUCAUUGUUAUAGAUAUAAAUUGUUAUAGAUAACAAUUGUUAUCUAUAACAAUUGUUAUCUAUAACAAUUGAUAUCUAUAACAAUUGAUAUCUAUAACAAUUGUUAUAGAUAACAAUUGUUAUCUAUAACAAUUGUUAUCUAUAACAAUUGUUGUCUAUAACAAUUGACGUCAAUAACAAUCGAUAACAAUCGUGACAUCGCCUGGGACCACGAGGACUCCAAUCUUGUACAGUCACAUUCGUAAUCAAUGAAAAUGAAAACGUUCAGAUUGUCCUAAAUUUUCAUAUCUCGGCCCCCUGUUCUUUUUUAUCGGAUUGAUCCCAAAAUCCGGAGCGCACAUCCCCAUCGUGUACAUACACGUGCCAUGCAUACAUGUGCCACGUGACGUAGAGGUCUCCGGCUCUUCAACUAGCGUCAUGUGUGUUGUAAAGCGUGUGCGCGCACACGCGUGCACCCUGUGUGGUGCCGUAAGAGAGCGUCGAUUGAAGUUGACAUCAUCAUCAUUUGAAUCGGUGCUCUCCUACCAUCGCAUCGGGAGAGGCGCGUUUAAACCCCAUCCAUCGGGCGAAUGCAACGUGUAAGGGCUUAUUUAUGGACUUUAACGAGGAGGAUUCAUCAUCGCGAGGCUUUUGGGAAAUGGUGCAUCGGCGUGUGGUGGGUCACAGCACCGCUGCUGCCUUUCACAAAGACCCCCCUAUAGCCUGAACAGACUGUUGGGGCAAGUGCUGUUAGCGAGCACCUAUGAAGGCCGGCACGGCGCAUGAAGGGGUGGGUGGCCAGCACCACGCCCGACCGCCUUUGUCACCCAAGUGCCGAUGUUUACACACUGCACCCAGGUACUCGUGUUAGGCUGAGUCGACCUAGGAGAGGUCCAGGACCGAUUCGGAUAAUCAUCACCAGUGUUGUCCGUGAGCGGAAAUCGAACUCGGGUCACCGGAUUCGUAGCGCGGCGUAGCGCUAACCGCUGCACCACCGCUCCCCAUUUCUGCUGCCCUUCACACACAGACACGUCUCCUGGCGACACCUUCCAAACAACAACACUCGCAGAGGCAGGUGAAAUUCGACAAUGUCUACAAAAGACUUUUUCUCGUCCGGUCAGUUCAGGACAGGCCUCGAAACAGAAGUAAUCUCUGGGUGUAAACAACCACUUGUUUUAGUUUUUCGCGAUUUUUUUUUUCUCCAAAUCUUGGAUCUGCACUUAUUGCGGUUGCUGCGGACUGAAUUCCGAGUGGAACGCCGACUCGGGCGUUGAUCCCUUGGACCGUUCGAAUCGUUGAGCACCACUUUGUGAUCAAUCCUCCCUCCCCCCCCCCCCCGUGUGGUCAUCCUGUGGAUAGACUCGCUCCCUUCCGCGAGAACGUGGAAUUUCCACCAUUGGCUCCAGGACCACCAGCAGAGCAGCGGUGAGCGCCGUUUUGAAUCGCUCGUUUGAGCACGGGGACCGUUUGGCUCGGCUCCUUGGUUUUUUCUUCUUGGUUCUUUCGGUAAAGUCACGUAGAAGGAAAAUAAUAAAAAUAAAACAUAAAAUAAUUCUCACGACGUUUCGGCCACAACGCAAGCAGCCGUCUUCAGGUGGAGAACAGGUCUGUCAAGUAGACAGAGUCUGAAUGGCAUGCUCCAGGCUUGGAGCGACUUUAAAUAGUCGCUGGUUGCGUUGUGGCCGAAACGUCGUGAGAAUUAUUUUAUUAUGUUUUAUUAUUUUAUUAUUUUCCUUCUACGUGACUUUACCGAAAGAACCAAGAAGAUGAAUCCCUGCAGUCACGAAAGCUUUAAAUCCUUUGUUUAUUCUCGAUUACAUCGUCAGCAGCAGGAUUGAAGACCUCCAAGCCAUUGCGGUUAUCUUGACGAGGACACAUUGCUCAGUCACCCUCGUGUUGAGGCCAAGCUCUCCAUUCCAAAAGAGGUCAUCAAAUUGGGCUUCUCUUAAAUGCUUCACGCUCGCAUUUUAUAUUUUAUCUGCGCUCACCGCACACGGCGGGUUUCUUCUCCAUAUUUGCAACAACAACAAGAAUAAUCUAGACUUGACAGCAACAAUCCCGGGCUGGCGCGUCGUUCAAAACUGUCCCGAAGGAAACGGAGGCAGAUCUAUUCAAAGUAUUUAGCUGCCCUGGCUCCUGUUUUUUCAGCUUCCUGGUCGCCUAUACAAGCACUCCGCAGGCCCAAAUCUGUUUAAGCUUCCAAGAAGGUGUGAUGGCGUCGGGUGCGUAGGCGAUGCACGUUGCGUUGUGUACUAACAUCGCUGCCGGACCUCCCUUGGAGGGUGGGUCUGUGGGUUCUUGCUUGAGCCGUUCGGGACAGGUGGGAAUCCUUCCGACUGGCGAUGACUAUUCUCUCCUCACCGUCAUCACAAGCAGUCGUAUUCCCAGCAGCAUUGCGUGCACUCAUGAUUAAGUCAACGAUCGUUCUAUUGAUGUGUGCACGCGUGUUGGAACUUCUCUCGCACCAUACGUAGCCAACCGUGCUAAUCGGGAGGUCCCGGGGAAAGGGCAACAAACGAAACACAAAAAAAUCGGUUCUGAAGAAAUUAGUUUUGAACAGUAUUAUUAUUUAUGCUUACCAUUGUAACUGCACACGCAUUAAGCACUGCUCGUCAAACUUGAAUUCUAUACCCUGCUUUUGAUAUACAACGUGGAGUAUAUUGGGGCUGUGCAUUUAACAAACAAACAAAACUCAAGAUUAAUAAUAAACACCAUUUUAAAUGUCGGUGGUAACAGUUUGGAAUGUUUUAUUGUUAUUGUUGCAACUUGUUUCUUUUGAGCAAAUUAAAAUCCCCGUUGCUGCUGCCGUCAGAACAAGAUGAGUCCUCGCGGAGCGGCCCGGCGUUCAGCCGAUUGCCUUCCUCUCGUCGGGGAACUGAUCCCAGAGGGCCGCAGUGAUGCUUCAUUCAAUCCCUGGCCCACGUGGCAAGGCGCCUCUCAGCCUGGCCCGGUCUCCAAUAGGGGCCAUCCAUUGAGUACGUCCUCAAAAAACUGUCAAAACUUGACCUCUACCCCCCCCCUCCCUGUACGCACGCGUACUAUUUACACCCCCCCCCCCCACACCUGCGUACGUACGCCUGACGCAGCCCCCCCUCCCGAAUUCUAUAGAACGGCCGAUAUUUAAUCCACGCAGAAACGAUCAAGGAUUAAUAAUAGUAACGUGUUUAAGCAAGCAGAUAGUCCACCGCCGGACCAUCUAACGUUUCCUAUGCGUACGGACAUUGUCACUAGACCCCCUGUACGCAAGCGUACACAUUUGGGUUAACCCCUUCCUCCCCCCUCCACGCGUACGUACUGAAUGGAUGGCCUCAUGUCGCUCAACUCAUCCUCAACAGAGGAGCCAACUCCGCCCGCCAGCUUGGACAGGACCAACCUCCGUAAGCGGAGAGACAAUGGCUCUCUGACUUUCAAUGUGCACGGUUGUAGAUUGUGUCCGUGUAUGCCAGCAAGCCUUCGACACUUGACGUGGCUUCAAAGUGCACCUAGCCUGGCACAAGCGGCGUGGUGGUUGUGUGCGCUACAAAUCUGGCUACCCAAAAGUUCGAUUCCCGCUCACGGCCACCUUUUGCACAAAGACGGCCACUGCAUCGCGCGGCGCUUUCAGAUUUGCUUCUGCGGCCGUCUGGAACGCUCUUCCUUGCGAUAUUAGGCGGCCAUUGGAGCUAUCUAGUUUGAAAACUGCGCUUUGUGUUGAGUUCUUCCCCCGCACCUCUGAUCGUGCUCGGUUGGCCACAUACCGUGCAAAAUAAGUUUAACAUACACCAUCUGUGACGAUUAUUUGAACUGGGCCUCCCCUAGGUCGACUCGGCCUCAAAUGAGUACCUGGUGCAAUGUGUAAACAUCACCGAUAGGGAGACAAAGGCGGCCGGGCGUGGUGCUGGCCACCCACCAACCCCCUGGUGUGCCGUGCGGGCCUUCAUAGGUGCUGCUCGGUAACAACCCUUGCCUCAACAAUCUGCUGCAGGCUAGACCGCGUGGUGGCCGGGGAGUUUGACUCGUGUACAUUGGCCGGGCUAAGCAUGAUGCUGGCCCAUGUGCCCGAUACGUUGGCCCUGGCUCGGGGAAAUAAAGCAUCUCCACCACCAUCAGCGUGGGAGAAGCUCCGACAUUCGGUCUGCACGGUCGCGUGCGUGUGCGCCUUUUCGCACACGUGGCGCUUGUGUGUGUGUGUGCUGCUCAACCCCCCCCCCCCAACAUCAUCAACAGUUGCAUUGAACUUAUUUUCUUUGUCCUUUGAAGACAGCAGAAAUUCCUUCACGGGGCGCCUGGUCCACAGUCGUGGCUGUUUAUUUUGAUUUCACUGUUAGAGGACCAUCCCCCUCCCCCCGCCCCCCCCCCCCUUAUAGGGCCCUGAAAAUAAUAACACCUCUUAAAGUUGAGCAACAUCCAAGCCUUCCCGCCCAUACCUAUGAAUGAGUUUCUGGUCGCGUGCCUCUGUAUCGGUACCGGUCGCGUGCCACAAUGUGUGCCCAGUGUGAGAUUUGCUUUAAACCCAUCGUGAAAUGUGGCCGGGUGGAUUGAAAACGAAUUUUGUUUAGAGCUGAUUUUUGUGUUUUCGAUUUGUUCUUACCCCUCCGAUUAGCGCGGUUGGCCGCGUACGGCGCAGAAGAAGUUCAACACACAUUGUUGAACUUCCACGCGGCACCUCCAAUUAGCGCGGUUGGCCGCGUACGGUGCGAAAGAAGUUGAGCAUACAGUGUCCUUAAUAUAGGGGUUUGGGUUAGAUCGCGUAAGUAUAAAUGUGUCGUCAAACCCGCCACCACCCUACACAGCCAAUUAGUAAGGGUUGUCACGUAAACAGAACGUGGCAAUUCGUUCCGAGUACAGCACACCGGUGUGUCGGAGAGCAAAUCCACAACAUUUACAAUCUGACCGCGUCGUUUGGCGAAAGUGCACGUGUUAAACUGAUUGUUGUGCUUCCCCCGGCACCUCCGAUGGGCGCGGUUGGCUACGUACGGUGCGAAAGAGGUUCAACAUAUAUUCAUUCGGGGGGUGAGAACGCCGAGCUGAUACCAGCCACGCAGGUUCCACAUUGGAAUCGAGGUUUCGGCCACCCGAGGUUACUGUGGGAUUCUCACAUGGGGCCACGUCAGAGGUCGCAAACGGGUUUUGAUUCCUUACCCGUACCCGGUCGCACCAGGGUCGCAAACAGGUACCCGUACCCUACCUGAUACCCGGCUACGGGUAUCGGGUACCCGAUUGCGACCUCUGGGAUGAAGCCAUGUUGCAGGCGCGGUGGGUUGAUUCUAGGAACUUGAAUUGUGAGAAGAGACAAGACGUUGGGAAAUGAGUGACAAGCGGUGACUCACCAAUGACUCACGGUCUACCCGUACCCGUACCCGGCCGCACCAGGGUCGAAAACGGGUACCCGUACCCGGCUGGGUACGGGUAGGUUACGGGUAUCGGGUACCCGAUUGCGACCUCUAGGCCACGUUGAUCAUCUCAGCCUGGUUUCCAGUGACCCCCCCACACACACAAACAAACAACAACACCCCCUCGUGUUAGUUGUUGCCUCUUAAGUUGACUCAGUUCCAGCUCUGUGAACUAAAACGUCGAGGCUCAACUGCCGUGACCAUCGACGUUGCCACAUGGAUCCGUCGUCCUGUGCUCGUUCAAAGUUCAAAGUUCAUUUAUUAGGUAUAGCCCUGUGAGCCAUUCGGCUCUUGAAUCGGGUGCAACCGCAACCGCAACAAACAAAAAACAAAAACAUGAACAAGAAAACAUCUUAAAGUGACUAUGUGACUGAGUGCAAACAGAAAAUCCAAGAAAAGACAGCAAAAUAUUGCAGAAAAAUCACCGUACACCAACCCUGUGCAAAUAUCCCAGUUGGGUGCAAGUCAAACAACAACAACCACAAGACAACUUAGAUUAAGGCCAUCGGUCUAACUCUGUACUACAACCAACAAACAUGGCCAAACCAAAAAACUUUUCGAAAAUCACCAAGAUAAAGCCAUAAAAGCAAUGAAACAAUGGUCAUAGGAACUGUGACCGAAUUUUCACAAUAAACGACGUCAACAACAUGUACUACCAAACUCUGCAGCCAUAGCUGGCUGCAUGAGUCACUCCACAACAGUAGGAGCAUCAGUCGGAGUAUCAACUCGUGACGCCGUUCGUCCUGAGGGUUGCCACCUGUCCAGGUUUUGACGCGGACAGUCCAGGGUAUCGACCACCUGCGUUCGGGGCGUGACGGUAAAUCGUCGUGCGCCGAGAAUCUCUCGUGGCAUUGUGUGGAACUUUAACUUCGAGCGCCGCGCGUGGCUUUGAUAGACCUCGGCUGGCUGAGAUUUACGUCUGGCUGUGUUUGUGUGGUGUAAAGAUGGCAAGCCAACCCAUAAUGCACCCGAAAUAAAAUAAAAAAUAAGCCCAUGAAGAUGCCAAAUGAUAUUAGUAAAUAGGCUGUAAUGGUGUAUAAUCUGCACUGUUAAGAGUCCUAGACAACAUGAAAGGAAAGUGAAUGGAACAUUCCAUGGGUUUCGUGAUAUUCCCCUCUGACGCACGUGCGUUUGAACCACGGGACGGAACGCAUCCGAGAGCACGUCCACCGAGACGAGAUGGAGCGAUGGAAUCUGUCCACGUGCAAGUGCACUGUGGAAUAUCGCACAUUGCAGGAUCGAUCGCGAGAGGAGGCGGCGGAUUGAGGAGGCCUCCAUCCAGCAGUGGAUUGAUGAUGAUGAUGAUCAUCUGGCCAGGUGGCUCCAUGGUAAAGCCGAGCGAGUGAGCGAGCGGCUCGCAAUCUGAAGGUUGCGAGUUCAAAUCCUGGUUAGGAGAUUGACUCAGCCCAUCAUAUAUCCGGGGGUCGAUACAAUGGGUGCCGCUUUGUGGGGAAGUCGGCAGUCGUUGCAUCAUGGAGAGACUCAUCCCCGCCAUAUAAACGUGGAAUUCCCACCGAUAUCCUCACGAGAAAUCGUGUCGCUUCGCGGCUGGACAUUAUUAAAACCUGUCACACCACCAUCACCACCACCAUCACCACCACCAUCACCACCACCACCACCACCAUCACCACCACCAUCACCACCAUCAUCACCACCACCAUCAUCACCACCAUCACCACCAUCAUCACCACCAUCACCACCAUCAUCACCAUCACCACCAUCACCAUCAUCACCACCAUCACCACCAUCACCACCACCAUCACCACCACCACCACCAGCAUCACCACCACCACCACCAUCAUCACCACCAUCACCACCACCACCAUCACCACCAUCAUCACCACCACCAUCAUCAACACCACCAUCACCACCAUCACCACCACCAUCAUCACCACCACCAUCACCAUCAUCACCAUCACCACCACCAUCACCGCGCACCUCCUUCCCUCCUCUGCCCUCGCUUCUUCCCUGCGUCUCAUUUCGCGACACGCGCGGUCAGAGACGGGGGUCAAGAACCCUUCGCCCCACGCAGGCCCCGAGUCCCACCACCACCACCGACCGCCGCCGCGUCUCGCAACCCUUGUUACCUGCUGCGCUUUUAAAACGACCCGACCACAAUUGAGAACAGCUGUUGUUCAAAGGCGAAGUGGUCGCGAGUAAGACAAUACUUCGCUCUGUGUGCUCCACCGCAUGCAGAUUAAGGUUGAGGUCACGGGCGGGUAAGGGAGGGGUUGGAAAUGUAUUUCUGUGGUUUUUUUAAAUUAAAAUUGCUGCGAUCUCCCCCCCUCCUGCCUCCCCAACAACCUUUCUCCACUCGCCCCCCCCCUCGUGCCCACAACACUCAAGUCUGUCUCAAGUCAGGGCCCCCGCAGCUAAACAUCUGAAGAUCUAAAGACAAACCGCACCCUCUUGCAAUCCUUCCCACUUACCCUUUAGACUGUGGGUGCAAUGUUGCUGCUGCCGCUGCUGUUGUUGUUAGCGAGCGCCUAUUAAGGUCACAGCGCGGGCAAAGAGGCAUCACCGUGUGACCGGAGAUGGGAUGGACCGGCGCCAUGCGUGUACGCGUGCCCGUCCGUCUUUGUUUCUCCGGCGCUCGUGUUGACAGCCGCAACCGGGCGCUGUUCAGGGGCUCUUCGUCGGCCGUCGCUGCCCUCAGGGAUAGUGCAGAUGCGUCCGACGUUGUGCAGCCUCGUGCUGUGUGAGUUGGAGAUUUAAAAAAAUUAACCCGUAAAAACAAAGUUUUUCACUAUAAAUCCUUUAUAUGCGUGUUCAAUGGGCCACAACCCAGCCCACAUUGGUCUUUGAAACGGGCGGCUAGAGUCCUCUCGUCCUCUGGCUUGAGAUGGCUGCCACCUAUGGGUCAGAUGAUUGUCUGCCAGCAUUAAGCAAUUGGUAAUUAAAUAUAAAAACAAUUCCCCUAAAAAGUGUCAAAUUAUGGAAAAAAAAAUUCACGAAAAUAAAUUGUCACGCACAACGAGUCUGUGUGCAAAAUGUCAGCUCGAUUGGAUCACGGGAAGUGGGUUAAAAAAACGACCGAAAGAUUUGCACGGUGGUAAGCGCGCAAGCAAGCAAGCAAGUAAACUUAAUAUAAAGGAUUUAAAAAAGGAGAAAUGAGCGUCUGUUCGCGAUGUGUGUGGGGAGCGGUCGCGUUGGCGGGUUAGCGCUGCGCUGCCGGGGGGAUACCUGAUUCCCAUUCCCGAUUCCCGCUCGCGGGUCCAACACCAGUGACGUUGAUCUGAACCGGUCCUGGGCCUCUCCAAGGUCGACUCGGCCUCAAAUAAAGCGGUGUGCGUAUAUGAGACAAAGGCGGCCGGGGCGUGGCGCUUGCCGCUUCCACUGUCAGGGCAAGUGGCUGUUAGCGAGCAGCACCUAUGAAGGCUGACACGGCACACGAGGGGGUGGGUGGCCAGCACCACGCCCGGCCGCCUUUGUCUCCCCAGUGGCGAUGUUUACACAUCGCACCAGGUACCCAUUUGAGGCUGAGUCGACCCAGGGGA